GAUUUAGGUCGGCGUAUUGAGCCUCCUCUAAGCAAGAGAGAGAGGGCGCGCGCAGUCCCCAUCACCACUUCACCGCUUCACAUGCGGAAGGGAGCAAAAGCUAAAGCAUAUAGAGUAUCAAAGCGUCUUCUUCUUCUCCUCCUCUCCUGUAGCAGCGCAUCACGAGCCCCCCGCGCCGCUUCCUCACCUUUUCCGCUCCCCACGGCACUACGAGACGCCGCCCCACGACGACCCCACCCUCCGGUCCAGCUCCAGUACGAUUUGAACAGCCUCCGCGUUCGCGGGAACGAGCAACGAGACCAAGAGAUCACCGGCCAUGUCCGUGUCGUCGGCGGAGAUGGCGGCGGUGAAGACGUCGUCCAACGGGAUGUGGCAGGGCGACGACCCGCUGCACUUCGCCUUCCCGCUCCUCAUCCUGCAGACGCUGCUCAUCCUUCUCCUCAGCCGCGUCCUGGCCCUGCUCCUCCGCCCGCUCCGCCAGCCCAAGGUCAUCGCCGAGAUCGUCGCCGGCAUCCUGCUCGGCCCCUCCGCGCUCGGCCGCAACAAGGCCUACCUCCGCGCGCUCUUCCCGCCCUGGAGCGCGCCGGUGCUCGAGUCCGUCGCCAGCCUCGGCCUCCUCUUCUUCCUCUUCCUCGUCGGGCUCGAGCUCGACCUCCGCUCCGUCAGGCGCAGCGGCCGCCGCGCCUUCGCCAUCGCCGCGGCCGGGAUCUCGCUCCCGUUCGCGUGCGGGGUGGGUGUGGCCUUCGUCAUCCGACGCGCCAUCCCGGGCGCCGACCAGGCGGGGUACGCGCCGUUUCUGGUCUUCAUGGGUGUCGCCAUGUCCAUCACCGCGUUCCCCGUGCUCGCGCGCAUCCUCGCCGAGCUCAAGCUGCUCACCACGGCCAUCGGGGAGACGGCGCUGGCCGCCGCCGCGUUCAACGACGUUGCGGCCUGGGUGCUGCUCGCGCUCGCCGUGGCCAUCUCCGGCAGUGGCGACGACCGGCGCAGCCCCGUCACCUCCCUCUGGGUGCUCCUUUCGGGCGCCGCUUUCGUGGCCGUGUGGAUGCUGGCCGUCAAGCCGCUCAUGUCGUGGGUGGCGCGGCGGUCGGACUCCGGCGGCGGCGGGUCCGUCUGGGUGGCCUUCACGCUCGCGGGCGUCCUCGCCUCCGGGCUCGCCACAGACAUGAUCGGCAUCCACGCCAUCUUCGGCGCCUUCGUGUUCGGGCUCACCGUGCCCAAGGACGGCGGGUUCGCCGGGCGCGUGACGGAGCGCGUGGAGGACCUGGUGUCGGAGCUGCUCUUACCAUUGUACUUCGCGUCGAGCGGGCUCAAGACGGACGUGGCCACCAUCCGCGGCGGCGGCGCGCUGGGCAUCCUGGCGCUGAUCAUCGUGACGGCGUGCGCGGGGAAGAUCAUGGGCACGUUCGCUGUGGCCAUGGCGUGCGGGAUGGGCGCCAAGGAGGCCAUCGUGCUCGGCGUGCUGAUGAACACCAAGGGACUCGUCGAGCUCAUCGUCCUCAACAUCGGCAGGGAACGCAAGGUGCUGAAUGAGGAGACGUUCGCGAUCCUGGUGCUCAUGGCGCUGGUGACCACCUUCAUCACCACGCCCACCGUCAUGGCCAUCUACAAGCCGGCGCGCGCCACGGGUCACCGCCGCCGGCACCCGCGCAAGCUCCAUGGUCCCACCUCGGCACCGUCCUCCCCGUCCUCCGCUGCUGGCGGUGCUGGCGGCGCCAACGCCAUGGAACUGCGCGUGUUGGCGUGCAUUCACGGCGGCCACGACGUGCCGGCGCUCAUCAACCUCAUCGAGACCAUCCGGGGCCACACGCAGCCGCGCCGCCUCGUCAAGCUCUACAUCCUCCGCAUGGUCGAGCUCACGGAGCGCACCUCCUCCAUCCUCAUGGCCCGCGCCGCACGCCGCAACGGCCUCCCAUUCCUCCGCCCGUACCGCCGCGGCGACGACCAGGUCGACGUCGCCUUCGGCACCUACGCUCAGCUCGGGCACGUCCACGUCCGCCCCAUGACCGCCGUCUCGGCGCUCCACACCAUGCAUGACGACGUCGCUGCCGUCGCCGAGGACAAGCGCGUCUCCCUCAUCGUCCUUCCCUUCCACAAGCGCCAGCACGCCGGCCACGGACACGGCCACGGCGGCGGCGACGAGGUCGAGAACCUCGGGCCCGAGUGGCGCGCCGUGAACCGGAGGAUCCUGCGCGAGGCGCCAUGCUCUGUCGCCGUCCUCGUCGACCGCAGCUUUGGUGGUGGCGAGCAGGUGAGCUCCGAGCAGGUGGCACACGGCGUGUGUGUCCUGUUCUUUGGCGGGCCUGACGAUCGGGAGGCCCUCGAGCUCGCCGGGAGGAUGGCGGAGCACCCCGGCGUGCAGCUCACUGUGGUGCGCUUCCUCGACGGCAAGGCCGGCAGCGAGGAGCACGCAGAGGUCACGCUGCGCCCGACCGACGCCAGGAACGCCGAGAAGAGCUACACCUUCUCCACCGCCGUCGUCAACGGCCACAAGGAGAAGGAGCUGGACGAGGCGGCGGUGGCCGAGUUCCGGCUGAGGAUGGGCGACGCGGUGCGCUUCGAGGAGCGCGUGGUCGCUGGCAACGUCGUCGAGGAGGUGGUGGCGAUCGGCAAGAGCCGGGAGUACGGGCUGGUGGUGGCCGGCAGGGGGCGGUUGCCGUCGGCGAUGGUGGCGGAGCUGGCUGUCCGCCCGGCAGAGCACCCGGAGCUGGGGCCGAUCGGCGACACGCUCGCGUCGGCAGGGCACGGCGUGACGUCCUCGGUACUCGUGGUGCAGCAGCACGACGUGAACGCCGACGAGGUGCCCGUGUCCGUGGUCCAGAUCGACGGGCACGCCCACGACGGCGAGCACGGCAAGGACGACGUGGAAGAGCCGUAGAAACCCAUGGGGGCUGCUUUGUUCCGGAUGAGAAGCAACUUUCUUACUACUAGGAUGAUGAUGAUGAUGACAUGGCUGGUGUGUAUCUUAGUGAGUUUGGUGUUACCUCACAUGUAAUUAAAUGGUUAAUAAGUUAAAACACAUAAUCUCUCAUCAAA